AUGGAGUUGAUUUGUUUGUCAAAUAUCGAUUAUAUUGAAGCGCACAUGAACUUAGGAUAUUAUGGAGUCAUUUUUGUAUUGAUGAUAUUACUGCUUUCUGGUUCCAUUAUCACUUCCUAUCCUAGUUGUCGCAAUAUAUUUUCACUGGCUCAGCAUGAAGAUCUUCAAGCAUGCAUAGCUCAGUCGAGUUCAGUAUAUCAACUGAAGCAACCGAAAAGACUGAAGAGCUCCGCCUCUGUGCAUCCUAUGGACAAUCUGUCGCCAACUACUCCUGCUCAAGUUGUAUAUUUGAAGAAAAAAGACAGUCUGGAUGUUUCUUCCAUUUCAAAUGCAGAGUCCUAUGCCUUCAAUUGCAUCUCUGCUUUCACUCAAUUGUUUAGCUUUUGGGAAGCUAUUGGAAGACCUUUUCCAGUUGAGGGAAUGCCAAAAAAUCUACCAUCAAUGGAAGGCUGUUUUUCCUUUGAAAUCAUGAAUUUUAUGGCUUAUCAGUAUGAGUUUAUGCACUAUAGAUCAGGAGAUAUAUUCAAUUCAUGCAGAUUGAUUGAAGGAACUUAUGUUGAUAUGUUAAACAAGUUGGAAAUGAAUGCAAACAAGAAGCAAUGGGUUGUUGGACCUAUACUACCAGAUUUAACAAUGGUUGCAGGCAAAGAUUCAAGAAACAGGCACAAAAGCUUGGAAUGGCUAGAUAAACAAGCUCCAAAAUCUGUUCUUUACAUCUCUUUUGGAUCGGCAACUACAAUGACCAAUGAACAAAUUCAAGAAUUGGCUAUGGGGUUAGAAAAGAGCAAGCAAAAGUUUUUGUGGGUGUUGAGAGAUGCAGAUAAAGGAAAUGUUUUUGAUGGAGAAACAAGAAAAGCAAGAAUACCAAAAGGGUAUGAAGAAAGAAUGGAAGGAAUAGGUAUGGUUGUAACAGAUUGGGCACCACAGUUAGAAAUCUUGGGACACAUUUCUAUUGGCGGAUUUAUGAGUCACUGUGGUUGGAAUUCAUGCAUGGAAAGUAUUACAAUGGGAGUUCCAAUAUUAGCUUGGCCAAUGCACUCUGAACAACCAUGGAAUGCUUCACUAAUAAUUGAUAUUUUAGAAGUUGGUAUUCCAGCGACAGAAGAAGCACACCAAAUGGAAUUGGUUAACUCAUUAACAAUUGAGAAAGUUGUAAAUAGAUUGAUGGUGUCUAAAAAAGGGAAGGAGAUGAGAAGUAGGGCUGAGAAUUUGGGUAGAGAAGUUUGGCAAUCAAGAAAUGAAGGAGGUGUUUCUCAACUAGAGCUCAACUCCUUCAUUGCUCAUAUUAGCAGAUAG